AUGGAGGCGCCGCCCGCGCCCCCCGCCGCGCCCCCCGCGCCCUGCAGCGCUGCGCGGAGCCUGCAGGACGAGCUGACGUGCCCCGUGUGCCUGGAGUACUUCAACGAUCCGGUGCUGGUGGCCGAGUGCGGGCACAACUUCUGCCGCGCCUGCGUGACCCAGUGCUGGGAAGACUCGGCACGGCGCCUCUGCUGCCCGCAGUGCCGCGAGCCCGUCCCGCAGCGCCUCUUCCGCCCCAACCGCUCCCUUGGCAACAUCGUGCACAUCGUCCGCCAGCUGGGGCUGCCGCCAGGCCCCGCCGAGCCACCGCCGGGGCCUCCCGCGCCACCGCUGCCCGCGGCCGCCCCGUCCGGCCCGCCGGGGCCACCGCGCUGCCCGCGCCACGGGGAGCCGCUGCGGCUGUACUGCGUGCAGGACCGGCGAGCCGUGUGUGUCGUGUGUCACCUGUCCCGCGAGCACCGCGCCCACACUGUGCUGCCCGCCGAGGAGGCGGCCCAUGCCGCGGAGGAGGUGCCCCAGGAGCACUUGAGCUCCCUGAGGAAAGGGCGUGAAGAAGCCAAGGCCGAGCGGGAGCGGCAGAGUGAGGAGCUGCUGAAGCAGACGGAAGUGGAGCGGCAGAAGAUCGUGGCUGAGUGCAAGGAGCUGCGGGCGUUCCUGGAGGAGAAGGAGCAGCUGCUGCUCUCCCGGCUGGAAGAGCUGGAGAGGGACAUUGGGCGCCGGAGGGACGAGAGCGUGGCCCGGCUGGCUGAGGACAUCGCCCAGCUGGACAAGCUGCUGGCAGAGCAGGGCGGGGACAGUGGGACAGGGAACGCUCCUGGCGAGAGUGUGGUCCCGGCUGGCAGCAGCCUGGAGAGCUGGAUGUUCCUCAAGCCUGAGCCCGGCUUUUCCGAGCUGGAGAAGAAGCUGAAGAGCUUUUCCCAGAAGAGUGCAGUGCUCAAGGAAGUUCUGCUGGAAUUCAAGGAAAACCUGCGCUUUGAGCUGGAGAAUGACACAGGCGAGCUCUCCCUGGACCCCGACACGGCCAACCCGUACCUGGUGCUGUCGGAGGACAAGCGGAGCGUGCGGCUCCGCGGGGCCCCCCAGGAGCUGCCAGCUCACCCCAAGCGCUUCGACUACGCCUUCUGCGUCCUGGCCUCCGAGGGCUUCUCUGCUGGCCGCCACUACUGGGAGGUGGAGGUGGGAGACGGGGAGAGCUGGGUGCUGGGUGCCGCCCGCGAGUCCGUGCGCCGCAAGGAGAAGGUUGACUUCGCCCCCGAGGAAGGGAUUUGGGCGGUGGGGCUCAACUGGAAGGGCAAAAAUUGGGAUCAGUACCAGGCGUUCACCUCUCCGGAGACGCCGCUGUCCCUCUGCGAGCGGCCGCGCAAGAUCGGGGUGUACCUGGACUAUGAGGGCGGGUGGGUGGCGUUUUACAACGCUGAUAACAUGGCUCCCAUCUUCACCUUCACCGCCGCCUUCUCCGAGAGGAUCUUCCCGUUUUUCUGGCUCUUCUAUGUGGGCUCCUCACUGUCCCUCUGCAACUGAGCCCACCCCGUUCGCUGGUGGUGUCCCCUCUCCUCUGCCAUCCUUAGGUUUUCCUUUGCUUCCAAGAAGAACACCCCAAAUCCUGCCCUUGGCCGUUCAGGGGGGGAUUUUUUUUGCUGUUGCAGUUCAAAGUUUGGAGUCUUUGUAUCCUUAAAACCUUUUCCAGGGGUGUUGGUUGGUGGGGGUGCUAUUUGAGCACCCUCUCUCUGUUGCUGGUUAAACACCCCUGUAGUUCAUUUUGUGUUUCUCUUUGGAGUUGGAGCCCCGUGGAACAGGGAGAGGCUGAUCCCAUCCUACUUCGAAUAGUAGCCAAAACUUUGUGUGUCCCCUCUCCCCCCAAAAAUGCUGUGUGGAGAGGAGGGGUGUUGUUCCCCCCCCACCCCAGUUUGGACACCGUUGCU